CUGCGGGCUGCGCUCUUAAUUUAUGGUUUACGUGACGAUAAAAUAGAAAUCACAUUUUAGAAAAUUCGAAGUUGUUGUUUUGGUGACAACAUUAUAUCUUUACAAUAAUUUAUGCAAAUUGCGUAUUAUAUAUAUUUUCAGGCACAAAACGGAAUCUUUCUGUUAUAAACUGCUUGGAUGCGUUCAGUCAUUGAUACUUCAAGCGGUGUACGGUAGCCAUCUUGGUUUCGAACAAAGCUUCAGAUGUGUAGUUCGUCUGUUUAUCAAUAAUUUUAGUGCAUUUCCCUGUAAAUAAUUUGUAUGCUUAGGAUAUGUACGGAACAUUUGUCCACAUGUGUAAAUAGCUAUGGCUGCGACAAGGAAACUGCAAGGUGAAAUAGACAGGUGUUUAAAAAAGGUAACAGAAGGGGUUGAAACAUUUGAAGAUAUUUGGAAAAAAGUACAUAAUGCGACGAACAGUAAUCAAAAAGAAAAAUAUGAGGCGGAUCUCAAGAAAGAAAUUAAAAAACUCCAAAGGCUACGAGAUCAGAUUAAAUCAUGGAUUGCAUCAGGAGAAAUUAAGGAUAAGAGUACUCUUUUAGAAAAUAGGAAACUAAUAGAAACACAAAUGGAAAGGUUUAAAGUGGUCGAAAGAGAAACAAAGACAAAGGCGUAUUCAAAAGAAGGUCUUGGUGCAGCUCAGAAACUCGACCCAGCUCAGAAGGAACGGGAGGAAAUGUCGACGUGGCUUGUGUCAUCUAUUGAUGCGCUUAAUUUACAAAUUGAUCUCUUUGAAUCUGAAGUGGAAUCGCUCGUAGUGGGAAAGAAGAAACGGCUGGACAAGGAGAAACAGGAUCGGAUGGAUGACCUGAAAUCGAAACUGGAACGGCACAGGUAUCACAUUAAGAAGCUGGAGAUGCUGCUGCGGAUGUUGGAUAACAUGUCUGUGGAAGUUGAUCAAAAAUCGAUCCCAUUACAGAUAAAGGGUAUUAAGGAGGACGUGGAAUAUUAUAUAUCGUCAUCUCAGGACCCAGGUUAUGAGGAGAACGAGUACAUCUACGAAGAUAUUCACGGCCUGGACGAAAUCGAGUUGAGUGGGGCCGGAGUGCCAUCUAGCGCCACCACGGAUAGCAACAAUAGCAAUGACUCACCUAGAUCUCCCACUAGCAUGCUUUCAGGAACGAGCCCGUUGACGUCGCCUGCAGAGCUACACAACCAUACGUCGGAAUCUGUCGAUAUCGAUAAAAAGAAGAAGGACGACUCAAUCAAACCUGUAAAGCCGCUACCGCUCCGCGCCUUAUCGUGUGGUGCGGCCGCUAGCCCCAACCUGAGCGCGCUGAAUCACUCCGCUACCAACAAUAGUGUAAACAGUACGGGCGUGUCUGGAACGUCGACGCCCAUCAAACAGCCUCCGCCCAGUUCACCUCAUCAGCGGCCUAAUAAUACUGUUGUGUGGUCUGUUGCAGAGGUGUGCGAGAACGGCCCCGUGUCAGCCACGCCCCACCAGCACCCCACUGCGCCCGCGAAAAGUUCAUCAGCGACGACGCUCGCGAGCGCGAUCGUGAAUCCAAACGCGAACGUGAGCGUGAAUACGAGUACGGUCAGCAACGUCAGUACGCAUAGUGCCACGCCCACACCGCCUUCGCCGGUCAUGCUCAAUGGACCGAUCAACGCCCAUCAUACGCCUCAACAUAUGCUCAAUAACGGUCGGGCGAGCGAAACCCCAAGCACCCCAGCGCUGAGUACGCUGAGUGCGGCGAGUGUAAGUAGCGGCGCUAGUGCACAGCCGCCUGACCCACUUGCCACUACCACGCUCAAGAGCAUGGCGCAGGAAGCCGUGCAUCGGGCGGGUUUACAGCAAAAUACAAGACGAGGUGUACCAUUAUCUCAGGCGCAUAUUCCCCCUUUAUUAGGAGUUGCGCCCUUAGGGCCUCUACCACUUUGUUCGGAGCAGCAAGUGCAGUACCAGCUGUUAGAAACAGCUUUCUACCAUAUGCCACACCCCUCAGAUUCAGAGAGAACGAGGGUAUAUCUCCCUCGAAAUAUCUGUCAGACGCCCGCCUAUUAUAAUCAGGUGCUGUUACCCCAUUCAGACACAGUGGAAUUUUUCCAGCGACUCUCAACAGAGACAUUAUUCUUCGUGUUCUACUACAUGGAGGGCACGAAAGCCCAAUACCUUGCCGCGAAAGCUCUGAAAAAACAGAGUUGGCGGUUCCACACGAAAUACAUGAUGUGGUUCCAAAGGCAUGAAGAGCCUAAGGUCAUCAAUGAGGAAUAUGAACAGGGCACGUACAUAUACUUUGACUACGAGAAGUGGGGCCAGCGGAAAAAGGAAGGCUUCACGUUUGAGUACAAGUACUUAGAAGACCGUGACUUGAACUGAAUUCGUGUAGUGAGCCGCUUCCAACCGCACAUCUCUGCCCGCCUCGCAGGCCGAGGGUCUCAGGCCCAAGCCGGGGUCCGUCGGGCCCCAAGGACCUACUCGUGACCAGUGAAUGUGAACACCAAUAGUGAAGGAACAAGUGUCUAGUGUUGUGACAGUGUAUUUGAGCAAUAUCCAUCAGAAUCAACCAAGGUUGCCUUGUACCAAUCCUCGUGUCAUUCCAAUGUAAGUAUUAACUUGUCGCUUAUUUCUGUGAUGUAAUGAGGCGCUCCAAUUUGUAGAAUGUACGUGCAUAUUAAUUUAUUCCGUUUGAUUUGUUUACGAUUUGAAAAGCGCCUUGUUGUGUCUUUUGUAAAAUAAUUUUCUCGCUCUUCUGGCAGUUUGUUAUAUUGUACAGUAGAGUAACGAAUUUGUAAAGCGAACGAAAAUGCGAAACAUUACGAUGAGACUCAAUAAGUAUAAUGAAACUUGUGAUAUCGGUUUAGGGCCCUCAGCGCACUUGGAAAUCAUGAUUUUUUCAACCCAUUGGAUGUGUAUUAUUUUAUAUAUUACAGAAUCUCAUUCCUAGCUGGAAUAACUAAACAGUUUUACCAUCAACACAAUCAUUAUUAAGGUAACAAAAAUGUAACAAGAACCUCUGUUAAAGCAAUAUUUAAUAGUCCAAGAAAUGUUAUGUUAGUCAUAAUAAAUUUUGUGUGACUUCCUGUUCACUUGCAUUUCUUUUAGUAACAAAUUGUAUAUAAAUUUACACUAAUUGUGAAGAAUUGUAAACAGGAUUUUGCUGUAAUUUUAACCUAUUUUACCUUCAUUUUUAAAACAGUAUAUAAGUUAAGAAACAGUGGAUAUGAUCUAAUUGAAAUACAAAUCAUAGCUUUUUAUUGAAAAGAUUCUAUCUGAGAGCGCUUUGGGCAUUUGUUUUUAAAGUUAUAUAGAGACUGGGUUAGUUUGAAAUUAUACUUGUGCAUUUUGUAUUACCACAAAUUUACUAAAACUUGUAAAAAGUACAUUAAAAUUGUUAUCAA